UGUAAGUGUUCUAAUCGUGAGAGCUUAAUCGUACUUUUAAUAUUGGUGUAUUGUCCUAUAAUUAAAGCAACCGCCAAAGCCAUCAUCCACGUGCGUCUUAACACCUGCGUUACAGCUUGACUGUGAUUUGCAUACGAUGGCAACAAAGUCUCAGCUCACUCGACAACGCUGACAACAACAAUGAAAAGAAGAUGACGUUGAGCUAUAACGAAGAAAGUAACAAUACUGAAGCAAAAAUGGUGCUCAGCAAUUCUACGCCAAACAAUCAGAAGCAAAACGAAUUCAAAGUAGACACAGCUCACAUGAACAGUGCGGAUCUCAGCGAGCUGCUGCAGUUGGAUGCGGAAAUUGAAGAGCGUCGUCAACACCGCUAUUCAAUAGCUGGCGAUGGUAGUGGCCUGCUAAAGGCCAGAAUGACACGUGAGGAACUCUUUGAGAUCUCCUCAUUGGAUGAUGAUCGUUUUCUCACAGCACUAGAGCAUCAAAACUCCUAUACAGUGCCUUCACGGGUACAAGUUACCGAUCUAGACUUGUCCAGCAUUGAGAAUCUGAUGAAGUAUUUCGAUGAAGAUGUGCCAGUUACGCCAACAAAGAUGACAAACACAACGCUUCCAUGCCAGGGUAAAGUAGCUAACGCCAUAGCCACAUUUAAAUCAAAGGCGGAACAGCCGGCCACACAAAAAACUUCGCCAGCCAAGCCCUUGAAUAGCGCGAUUAAGAUAAGCGAACUGAAGCAAAAAUAUGAGAUGAAGGUUGAGCCCGAGCCAUUGGCUUCGUUGGCAGCGACUAUAACUCCGUCACGUGUCACUAAGCCAGCCAGGCUACCGAUGAAGGUGAAGGAAAUGGCGCAGCUCUUCAACUCCAAAAUCAGUCAGGUUAUGCGGCGCACCUCGGAGGGACAACAAUAUGCGCCUUUGCAAAACGAAGACUCACCAGAAGCAAAGCUGCCUCCGAAAAGACCACCACAACCAGCGCCGCGUUAUAAGCCAGUCAGCUACCGAUUGCCUGGGCUGCCCAGUCCAGUACCCAGUCCUCGUCAACGCCGUAAAGGUAAUUCGAUAGUCGCCCACAGUCCCUGUCUUGUCGCCGAAGAUGUUUUUCGGGAAUUGAGUGUCAAGGACAAGGCAUUGCUCUUCAACAAAUUCGUAGGCGAAAUGUCCGCCAAGCAUCCAAAAUUCAAUGCCCAUGCUGAGGGCAUAAAGGAGCAAGUCAAAAAACAGAUUGCACGUGGCGAAGUAGUGACCGAGCAUCAGGCAAGUGUCAAGCAAAUAACCCAGGAGCUGGAAGCAAAAUGCGUCCUUAAUACAACUACCUCGCCACCACGCUCCUUGCCCGGCCACAAAUCUGUGGUUUCACCAUCAUCGCCAGUAUCUCCGAAAUCUUCAGAAAACCUGCAUAUUAGUACUCUGACCGUGGUACUCAAGCCAAGUCCAAAACGUCGUUCACCAUCAAAGAGCAAGCGUUGCGAUUUGUCGGUUGAAUCCAUAACGCAAACUCACAAACGCAACAUUUCAUCUAUUCGAAGUGUACUGCCCACGGAGGCAUAUGCCCCACCCAAGAAAAUUCGGCGAACUCGGAACGAGCGUCUUAGUGGCGAUAGCAAGUUGUUUUUUCCAAACGAGCAGCUGGAGAGUCUAUUUUACAACUGGCUGCGCGAGGAGAACGGAGUGCUCUUUGAUAUUACAAGUGCAUGCAAUAGCGAGCAGACCAUUGAGAUAACGCUCGAGGAUGAGGAAGAGGAGUCAAGCCAAGUAAAAGACAAUACAGCAGAUGUGACUCAAAAGUCAGCUGUAGAAAGAUUGCUGGAGGAAGCUAUUGCCAAAUUGGAAGAAUCAAGGAAUAAAGAGCUAAUGUCAUUUGAGGAAAAGGAUAUAGAUACCGUUGCUGGAAACGAGAUGUUGGAUUCUGGUACGCCUUCUUCCCCCUUGAUAGAUACACCUUCAACUGUCACACCUUCCGAGUGCACCCCCCGCAAGGCUAAACGGCGUGCACCACCAAUUCCCAAGCCGCGCACAAGUUUACAGACACAGUCGUCUUCCAUAUCAUCGAGCAGUGCAUCUGUGUCGUCGUCCUAUAAGCCAUCCGAUGCUGAGGAAAGCGAAUCGGGUUUGUCAACGCUACCAAAGAUAACCAGCGACGACUCUCAGCCGGAAAAUCAGCAAAAUCAGGAAACUCUUUCAAAGGACUUUGAAUUCGUGAAGCCUUUGCGGCCGCCGCGUAAAAAGAAAAUGAGGCGCACACUCACAUGGAAGAAGGAAAAUUCAAUUGUGGAGGCCACGGCUGCUGUGACUAGCACAGAUUCCGAUUCAGACUAUAAAAAGACGUCAGCACAUCAUAUCAAGAAAAAGGCACCUUCGCCUCCCACUACGGAGCAAAGUUACAUUGAGUUGGAUAAGUCACUGAUGCGUCACGUAAAUUCGCCGCGCAAAAUUAAAUCGGCCUAUACCUUGACGGUUAUGUCUUCACCAUCGCCACCGAAUGCUGGUAGCGACCAUGAACAGUCGCAAACGCCUCGCCCAUCAUUGAAUCAAUCGCUUAAAAUCGAGCCAAGAGCUCUGGCCGACAGCUUUAUAGAUCAAGGAUUUGAGACAGGAUCUAAUGAGCCAGACCAGAGUCCCAUGCGUCGCUCAUCAACGAGACAGCUGGAGAACGCAUCACCAGCCGAAAACUGCUCACCACGCAAUACUUUGGAUAACACCAAGCCAUCGUGCUUCUCCACGCCCGUCAAAGGUCAUGGACUUCGCGGCUCCGGCCAUGCCGGCAGCAUGGCGCAGCAACAACUAUUCAGCCCCAUUCCUCAAUCUGCUAAGCAGCAGCGAGAGCCGCGACGCAGCUCACUGGCCAUGCAGGUAAUACGCGAGGAUCAUCCGCUGGAAACGCAUUUGGAUACAACAAACAGCGCGCCUAUUACACCUUGUAGCUUUAGCGCCAGCGAGAGUGCGUUCUUUGCCAAUGCACCCACGGCUGACAUGCCUUCGAACCUGGAUGAUCUGACCACCAGUAAGCCCGUGUCCAUGUUCUGGAUAGCUGCCGGCGAUUUUACGGUCUCAUUGGAGAUCUUUCACAAUGCACCAGAGCGACUGCGUCUACUCUACGAGAUCUUUACACAAAAGAGUUGCGAAACACGCGAUCUGGCAUUUGGCAUCGACGGUCACAAGUUUACGUUGCAAAAGGACCCAUCAGAUCCUCAAUCGCUUCCGCCGCGCCCACCCGGUGUCAAAGGUUGCUCGCACUAUUGGUUUGCUAGUGGAGAUCUGGCUGUGCCUUUCAGCGGCAAGUUGAUGACUGAUGAGAAGAUACAGCGCCUGUUCCAGUUCCUAAAAACGGAGUUAACCACUUCUGGCAAUGAGCAGGAGCUUCGUUUCGGCGUCGACCACAUUGAGUUCUCCAGCGUGCCCGAGUUCUGGCUUAACACGCCAAAGUUCUCAAUUGAGAGUAGCUACAGCAUGCUUGUGGGUCUACAGACGGGGAAUAGUAAUGGACUUGAGGGACGUAGCAAGUACGCCUGGCCAAACAACAAUUCGAACGCCAUCAAGACCAGCGAUCUCGAUCACUCGGAGUUUGAAUCGGACAGUUUCAGUAACAGUGGACGGCUCUCCUUCUCGCCAGAAAUGUUCAGCAUGGACUAUGAAAAUGUCCCCCUGGAUGAGCUGUUCGAAAAAGCGUCGCCAAGAAAGCUGUCUUCGACUGAUUCCUCCAAGCAGACAUCCAUAUGUAUGCCCCAAAUGCUUGAAACCCUACAGCAGCAAAAGUUAAAACUGAAGAAUGUGGAGCAGCGCAUACGAAGCUACGCCAAGCCGACUAAUCUGACCGAUGGGUCCCUAAGCCAUAGCCGCGAAUCGCCGGAAUAUAUCCACAAGUUACGGGCCAUCAUUCGGGCUAUCGACAGCAUCGGGCUCAACAACGGAUUCCGUACUUGCUCUAUGGAACAGCUGGAGAGCUUUAUGUAUUUCCUUAGUGAGUAUGCGGACGUUUGUUUGACUAACUGCAGCGAGCACAUGGACAAAAUUCUCGACACCCUACUGGAUCGACGCGCUGUGGCUGUCUAAAUUGUAUUAUUAAUUAAUG